UUUUUUCCUUAUGUCUUCUGCAUCAUUGGAGGCUAUGAGGUUCAGUCAUGGAAAGAAUAUUCCUUCAUGGCUAAGUUGUUUGCAAACAUGUCUUUUAAAUGUAGUGGAAUUAUUAUUGAUCCGUCUUUUGUGCUUACGGCUGCUCAGUGCUUGUGUGAUCGAACGUUCCCCAUGCGAAAGAAAAUAUCUAUAGCCCCGGCAUAUUAUGCAUGGCGCGGGACAGAUGUGAACGUCGAACAACUGCGUGCGAUAUCACAGGUGCACUUCCAUCCAGGAUUUAGCUGUGACAGCUCCAUUUACGGAGUACCAGUCGAUAACGUUGCGUUACUGGAGCUAGCUGCCCCUAUUCCAAACGAGAUAAGCUACCCGAUAAACUGCCGACAUGUUCCGUGGGACUCCGUGUCGUCCAAGGAUGUGGAAGUGGCGGGAUGGGGAAAAAUAGAUAUUGCUACUGGAAGCCCAGCCUUGCGUGCAGUCAAAGUAGAUUUGAUGCCCCUCAGUGAGUGCCGUAUUGCUGUUCAUAAUGACCAAUUAAAAAAGUCGGAUGAGGUCGAUUUCGAUUAUUUUGAUGAGCUGAAUUACUAUGAGCGAAGACAAAUCUGUGACAACGGAUCGAAGAAUGGCCUUCCUGCUGGUUCGGCACAGGGUGAUUCCGGGGGCCCAGUCAUAUUGAGACUGCCUGGAAAGGAACCUAUGUUGCUCGGAGUGAUUUCCGGAUCAUUAUAUGAGCCAACCGGAGAACAAGAACAUCUUGGUGUAAACCUGAACAUUAGCUUUUAUAUAGACUGGAUUACAGACGUAAUCGCGCUCGAAUAUGAUACCAAAGCUCGCGUUGUGGGGAAUGGCACUAUGUCCGACCAUGGAAUAUCAACCAGUCUGCACAUCAAUAAUUCCGCAGUGAUAGCUCCCGUCGCACUUGGAUGUGGCGUCUUCCUGAUAGUUAUAAUUGCGGCGUCUUUGUACUGUCGCAGAAAGGCUAAAAUGAAAGCUUCUAGACUGCAGACGCAAAGGGAUGCUUUUGCCGAAGAGGCUGCAGAACACUUACGGCUAGAAACUGACGAUACUGACCGCGAAUCGUUCGGGAGCGAUUGCGUCUACAGUUACCGACCAAGCGAUUAUUUCGCGAAAGGUUCUUAUGGCCGAUUGUACAUUGCGACAAUAAACGACCCAAUCACAGCAACCGGUGAAAAGGAAUUAGCCGUUAAAGUCACCCACUUCGAUCGCAAUGACCAUUUUGUAGUCCAGGAUGAAGAGUGGGCAAAACUGUUGGCCAGGUGGAGAAUGCUGAUUAAAUUACGCUGCGAUAACGUUGUGACGUACCACAAAGUCUCUAUCAUUCGAGCAAGAAGAGGCGUUUCCGUUGAAUUUUUAAUGGACUACUGUUCCGGUGGUGACUUAUCGACAGCGCUGUCUAAAAUCAGAAAGAACAAGGCGUGCCUAGAAUGGGGACGAUCUCUACGCUAUGCUAUACAGAUUGUCAACGGACUCGAAUUCCUCCAUAGCCGCAGACUAAUCCAUGGUGACCUGAAACCAGGAAAUGUGUUUCUGCAAGAUCAUGCCGGGCAGUAUGAUACGGUUUUAAUCGGCGACCUUGACAACCUGGUACUCAUGCAGAGCAACAUCACUAGCACUGCCGACAUGACCCAUUUGCGUGGCACAACUCGCUAUAUGUCUCCCGAAAUGCUGAAACGAUUCGGCGAGGAAGAGACGCCGCCCCCGGGGCGAGCAACGGACAUCUGGAGCCUUGGUUGCAUAAUGCAUGAUUUAUUUGACAGCUCCAGUGGAAUUUCCGUGAGAAUACUGGGCAAAGCAGGCUGCAGUGAUUUUAUUGUUUUUGACCAUACGAUCGACGCAUCAUACGCCAUGAAAAUUAUGGAAGGUUUCGCGCCGGUGGUAAACGAACACAUGGCUCCAUGUUACAAAAAUAUCCUCCAGGCGUGCCUCAUCUCGAACAGUAAAUCUAGACCCAGAGCAGAGACUUUGAGAACCUUCCUUCUUCCCUUGGUGGACAGUACCACCGCUACCGCUAACACGGAUACGCUGCCGCUGUUGAACUCAAAGAUUGGACGUCGUGUCUGAGGAAUGCACUUCUUGUUAAGUAUUCUAGGACACUUUCCGAUGUCUGGAAGCUUUUAAGACGUUAACCGUAAAACUUUUAAAUGCUAUAUUCACGUGGCAUCUAAUGUAGCGUUCAGUUAUCAUUUAUA